CAGUGGUAUCAUUGACGCUGAUUGGGCACUUGCACGGUCUCCUCGUUCUCCCUGGUCACCACAGCAGCUCCAUCGAGCCGAAUCACCCUUGGGGUUGCAAUGAUCAAUCUACUAGACGUGCUAUGGUCCAGUUGCACCUUCCCCCUGUGGAUCACUUAUCUAUUCCUCGUGCACCGUCCUGAAAAGGUAUCGGAUCUCCUCGUAUCAGCUUUCCUAUAUGGGAAGCUUUCGAGUAAUAACAAGAAAGCCGGACGCCUCAACAAUAUCGCAAUACCGAAAAGGUGGUUCACGCAUUUCUAUCAGUACGCCGUAGUACUCUUCAGCUUGUGGUCUCUGAUCCUCCUGGUGAGCGCGUUCACGGGCCACGCAGCGGUUCCGUCCUCUCUGAGCUUCUCACUGGAUGUCCUGAUACAUAACAGGCGCAGUCAUGUGCCUUUCGCCGUUGCUCUGUGGGUUCAGCUCCUGACGACCCUACAGGUAUACCGGCGUUGCUACGAAUGCAUGUUCGUCAGCGUGUACUCCGACGCGAAGAUGCACGUGUGGCAUUAUGCCGUAGGUUACAUAUUCUAUACAGGAAUCCAAUACUCGAUCCUUUCGAUGACGCUUGGGAGCGACUCUUCGACGAUUUUCCGAUUCUCGGAUCUUUUUCGUUUCAACGUCCUCAUCGGAACCUUGAUCUUCGCUGCGGCCUUCCACUUGGAACAUGACACAACUAAGCGCUUCGCGAACUUCCGGAAGGACGCCACAGGAAAGGUGGUCUCGUCGAAACACCAAGCACCUGUAGGAGGGAUGUUCGAAUACGUCUCGUCUCCGCAUUAUCUCGCCGAGAUGUUGGUAUACACUGGACUGACGGUGAUACUUUGGAGCUUCAACUUCACCUGGUUCAAUGCGCUUCUGUGGACGUACGUCAACCAAUCGGCUAUGGCCUUUCUCAGUCACCGCUGGUAUCAGUCCAACUUCAAGGACUACCCAAAAACACGCACAGCAGUUAUUCCUUUCUUAUUGUAAACAAGCAUGGAGUGGAAUCUCCGUGUUUUGCCACAACGUGAAGGGAUGGGAGCAGCGGAGACUUUCAAGGAAAAGCUCGUGACUCAUGGAGAAUGCAUAAAAGAAUUCACUGUCUGGAAGACGAGUUUCCAGCGCUCAGGGAUAUCGAGAAUAUAAUUGUGGAAUAAUUAUGGUCCACC